AUGACUCCUCAAUCGCCUACUAUGAAAACGGCCGAGACCCGCGAUGACGCGCUGGGCGAAGCGUUUGAUAAAGUCGCCCGGGCGCUAGAAAUUGGUUUUCCCGGCGGACCAGCCAUCGAUAAAAUUAGCCAAGAUUACCAGAGCGAAAAUUUAAUCGAUUUUAGUUUGGAUCUGCUUGAGCAAGGUGAUUUUUCCUUCUCAGGUAUCAAGACUAAAGUGCAGCAGUAUUUGCGGGAAAACCGACCGAUCACAACCGAAAAAAAACUGCUGGUCGCCAAAAGUUUUCAGUACCACAUUUGCCAAUAUGUGAUCGGUACUUUUAAGAAACAUUUGGAGACCCAAACUUACGCGAGCAUUAUUUUGAGCGGAGGUGUCGCUGCUAACUCCGAACUGCGCCGCGAAUUUAGUCGACUCCACGAGCGCGUUUUAAUCCCCAGACCCGAGCUGUGCACCGACAACGCGGCUAUGAUUGCGCUGGCCUGCGACCGCCAAAAGAGUCACAUCUUGAGCCACCAGCGACUGGAGCCGGUGCCUAGCUAG